AUGUGUAUGAGGCAAGUUAUUAGAAAUGUUUCACAUUUUCUUACUUGCAAUACCGUGCUUGCCUAUUUCAGGUGUUCCAAGACCCAAAUCAUCGGAAAAAUAACACAUACAACACUUUUUUCUUUUGAACUUUGGUUACCCCUUAUACAAGCCCCCGUUCAUUUUGUUUAUAUAGUGGUUAGAAUAGUAACCAUAUGUGCUUGCUCGAUACUGAUAAAUGGAAUAUUUUCAAAGCACGUAUGGUGUGGGUAUGUUUGCAAUUUGGCGCAACGGGAGAUUACUAAAAAAUACACAUUUUUUCAACAUGACAUGGUCUUGAAAUGGGACUCUACUACCAAAUUAAAAUGUGUAGGUAUAUCUCAUUGUAGAUGA